GCUCCAACAUAUCCAAAGGGCAUCGGAAUCUGUGGGUGGCAACUAGUGAAGUUCCCCUCCUUAGUUGCAUGCUCAUUGUGACUGAAACCGGUGUCAAGAUUAAAUACAUAUUGUGUAGGUUCUGAAGUGGACUUGCACGUGAAUCACUAAAUUGCAAGGGAAAUAUUAAAUGGUACAUGGAUCUGUCUGGUGGUUCGACCAUACGAAUCAUGCCUGCUCAACAUGUACAUAUGUCGGUGUAAUAUGUCAAGUAUGACAAGUGAAAGAAGUGAUAUUUACAAAUAAAAAGUUAGUGUGUAAUUAAUGGUUAUUUAGGUUAUGUGUAUUGAAAUUGAUUGUGCGUAUCGAAUAUUUGUAAAACAUUGUUUACAUAUAGGGUUUUUUUCUUCAAAAUCAGGUGAAUUUCAAACCGUAGAACUCAUAAUUGAAGGCUAACCAUUAAAUUUAAAUAAUUUUUCGGUCCUAAAUUAUCCGCAAUAGGUAGUAAGUUAAUGAGUUAUUCAGUUACCCAUUGAAUUAUUACAAUAUUUACUUGCCCAUUUCAAUAUUAAUGAGCGUAUUGCACAAAACCAACAGAUAGUAUAGAUAUUUAAAUGACUUAUACUUUUGGACCACGUAACUAUUGCUAUUAUUUUGAUUAUCCCUGCAUGCGAACUUUUGUGACAACCAGUUGACUAAAAAUUUGUGGAACAAAUCUAGAACUGUAUAUUUAUGCACACGCAUGCAGUGCACGCAUGUAGUAUUUUGUUGACAAACCAUGGGAUCUUUGUUUGCAAAUUUAUCCAUCUAAUUUGGCAAUUAUUUUCCAAGCUAAGCGAGUUGGGAUACCGAAAUAAGUAAGUCGUUGUGCUGAGUUCGCUUAAUAUUUCCAUUUCAAUUGGCUACUUACUUAAUUUUUGAAAAUACAAUAAUUUAUAAGGUAUGGCCGGUGCCGUACAGUUGAAACCCUAAUGAAUAUGCAAAUACGUAAAAUCGGAAUCAUAACCAGGCUAGCUGGCCUCUUAAAAUACAUCAUCACACUGCAUUCUAAAUAAAUGCAUAUUCAUUUCGUGAACAAAUGACAAAUAUCUUAAGUUUAAAUCUUAGACAUCAUUUUACAGUAUAUUUAUGUAUACAACUUUAAGUGCAAACAACGGUAAACCUGACUUAAUUCUGACAAAUCUUCAUAAAAUUCUAUUCACACACCAUUUGCAAAUCUCAGUAAAACGAACUUUAUCUACAAUCUAUUCACCCUAGAACCGAAGGCUGCGUAUAACGGAAGCACUACGUUCACAUCGCAUUUUUCAAAUAAAAAUUUGUCAAAUCCAAAUUGUGAAACUAUGUAAUUUAUGUACUUUACACAUAAAUAUUAAGUGUAUCUCCGCAGUUUAUCACCGUAUUCAUAUUGUUUCGUCAAAGUUUUUAACCAAGAUUGAUUCAGUACAAAUUUUUAAUAAUGAUGCUUACAAAUAAUUCCUAUUUUAUAUUUUUCUUCUUGCACAUCAUCACAUUUACGACAUUAUUUCUUGAGACUAAUGGUGACAAAAAUGUGGAAAAUACCAUCCCCGUUUUAUACUCUACGCUCGGAAUCGACCAACAAUUUCAGUCAGAACUUCUCUCCGCGGUUUCGUCCUCACUAAAUCGUUCGGGAUCAAAUAUUACUCCGAAGUUUAUACAAGUGAAUAGUUCCUUAUCAAUUACGCAGGUUGCUAAAAACAUCACAGAAUCAGUUAUGAUCUCAUUACUCAGUGAAUCUCAACUUUUUGAAUUUUCUACACUUUAUGAAAAUUUUCACGGAAAAGUUUCGAAUUUGAAUCGAAAAAUGGUCGUUUUCACGCCACGCCUCAUCGACAGGGGUCCCAUCCCUCCGAGCAUGACCGUCUACUCGCUUCAGAUGAACAAACAUGCCGCCGUUAAUGUGUUGCUGGAUAGGAUGAAAAUCGUUGGAGUUGACAAGCUUUUGCCAGUGAUGGACAUAACGACGAAUCUCAGGAAAGGUGGCUCAGCUUAUUUCGUGAGGAUGGAAGAAUGAAAUUAAUGGAACCAAUUUUAAUGGGCGAUUCCCAGUCGGACGUGUGUUUGAGAAAAAUUCUAAAUACAAAUUUCUCCCAUCCUGAAGAAAAGCUAGGAGUUUUACUGUUGGCGAGAAAUGAUAGCAAUCCUGCGAUACGAAUCGCAGAAGAAGAAGGGACAAAACUCUCGUGGUUUUCACCUGAUUUGAUCGAACAUGAAGAAUAUGCUUUUGAUUUGGGGAAUAAAGAAAGGAUGGCAAACCUUCAAAUUUACACGAAUUUGUUCGUUGGAUCGACGGGUUGGGAUAAUGCAGAGAGGUUACUUGGCGAACUGGGGAAAAAUUUCGGAGCCUCGCCUAGAAUAAUUAGCUCGAUUCUAGCCUACGAUGCAACAACUUUAGCAGUAAAUCAAAUCAAUGGAAUUUUCAACGCGAAAAAAAUUUCUCACGGUCUCUCCGGCCUGAUCGAAUUUGACGAACGGACCGGCUCCAGAGUUGGAGAAGGAAUAUUUUUUGGGGUUACCGCCCUUGAUAGGAACAAAAGUAUAGAAAAAAUUGUGACUUUACUCCAGCCAUCCAACUGGGUUCUGGAGAACAUCAUUUCAAUUAGUAAAUCAAGCGAAUCUGUCAUCUCUCAGCCCGGGACGAGCACUACAUUUACUCGAGCAGAAUUAGUAAAUCUUGCAAAUCGCAGUAGACACGAGAUGGGAUGUGAUAAGCACAUUUUACACGUAACGACGUACGAUCCGUUUAGCCAAGCCGCCUACGAGCAUUCCUUCCUGGAAGAUGACUUACCAGAAUAUAUCGUGCUUCUAAACCAGCAUGGAUUUGGAAUCAAGGUCACCUGCCGGCUUUCUGAAAAAUUGCAUAGGAUAACCUCCGUGAAAAUUGCUUGUACCCCGAAAAAUGGAGAUGUCCAGUGUUUUCAGUCGGCAAUUAAGUCAAACAGGUCGAAACGUAGUUCGGUGAAAGAAUCAGACGUAAUUGAAUCACGCCAAGGGGCUGCCGCCAAACCAGAUGCUAAACCAGAAUUCGACCUUCGUCUAAUUCUCAAAGCUGCGAAACCCUUUGUCGGAACGUGUAUUGGGGCAUCGACAGGUUGCGCGAUGUGUGUUCUUGUCCUCGGACGGCUUCCGCUGUCUGCAGUGCCCGCGAUUUGUUCGGGACCAUGCUUCGUAGGGACAUUUGGUGGGUGUGGGGCGCUUCUUGCGAGGGCAUCGGCAGAAACGACGGUCAUCUGUACGGAACUUUUUAGACAGGGCUACCUCGAGGUGGACAUGUUCGUUGCAGACGCUGAAUUUGGAAAGGACAUGAUGAACAAUAAUCCAACGGCCAUGCGGUUAUACCAUUGUCGCCACUCCGGUUGUGAAACUGAUGAAGAAAUCUUCCCUUGUGACUAAAGUGGUUGCAUAUUUUGCCAUUCCAUGGGCCAAGCAUGUCAUGUUCUUGUCAGGACGGAAUGAGACUGAUGAUAAUUUUGGGUUGUUAGUUCAUACGACUGGAUUUCCAGUUUGCUUCGGGAUGGGGCGUCUUGUGGAAACUUUUGAAUUUUACGAGAUAAGCUCAUUUCUCAAUUUCAACUUGGGAACAAUUUUAACGGUUUUAUUAAGUGCGCCGAGUGUACUUUUAACCUCUCGUUAUUAUUUAUUUAAAGCAAAAUGACCUAAAAAAUAUGUCAAAUCGUUAUUAGUAUUUAUGAUUUUGUAAAUAAAAUAAGCCAUAUUUCGUGAUUUUA